GUGCUGCUGUGCAGGUGGGAUUGCUUCUUCCUGUACGAUGGCUCCAAGGUGAGGGAAGAAGGGGACCCCACACAAGCCGGCAUCUGCUACUUCAGCCCUCGCCAGACGCCUCUGGAUCAGCAGGAGCUGCUUUGCAGCCAGGUGGCCGGCGUGGUCCGCUGGAUGGCAGAGAUCCUUGGCUCUCCGCCGCAGCUCAUUCGGCUGAGGAAGCUCAAGUUUGCCGUUCGAGUGGACGGCAGCUACCUUUGGGUGCUGGGCUGUGCUGCCGACCUGCCUGAUACCAGCUGCCAGCACUUCCUGGAUCACUUGAUGGGACUCUUCUGCUUUUACAACGGACCCCUUGGUCAAGCCUAUGAGGAGCGGCUGGGAGAAGAACUGGACCAGGCAUGGGAGAAGUACGUGAGGCAUUUGCAGCACAACACCAGCGACCUGCACCGGAUCUUCAGCUCCCUUUGGGCCAUGGACAAAACCAAAGUGGAUCCGCUGCUGCUGCUGAAAGCAGCCCUGAUCCUCCAGACGUGCCAGCGUGCCCUCCACGUGCUGGCUGGCUGCAUUCUUUACAAGGGGCUGGUUGUCAGCACGCAGCUGCCACCCAGCCUCACUGCCAAGGUUCUGCUGCAAGAGGCAGACCCCAAGGGCCCGCCAGCAAAUGGAGUCCAGCCACAGGAGCAGGAAAGCAUCCAGCUGCCCCCUGAAGCUUCCUGUUUGCCGCAGGGGGUCCAGAUCACCCCAGUUUACCUCUUAGAAAAAGAAGCAGCUGCCUUGCGGGACUUCCCCCUGGAGUGGAUGGCCAGGAGUCCGGGGGGAGCGGCUGCAGCGUCGGCAGCCAUCGCCCACAGGCCUGGCAGAAUGCCCUUGGUGAGGAUGGUCUUGUACGUCCACCGCGUCCGAGGCCUGGUGCUGGCCCUCCUGGCUGAAGAGUGCUUUGCGGAGAGCGAGGGCUCCAUCCAGGACGUGCAUCACAGCAGCCUGGCCUCGCUGAACGGCUUGGAGGUGCAUCUCAAGGAGACCCUUCCGAGAGAUGGCCCCGCCUCUGCCAAGAGCUCCUACGGCUUUGCACACUACGACUCAAUCCAGAAUGUCCUCACCACUAACUUCCUGCCAGCCGCCAGCCCCCAGGACCAGCACUUCCUGAGAGCUGUGAGCUUGAUCCACACGGACUUUGACCAGCUGCCACUGGCAUCAGAAAUAACUGUCCGGAACGCCUCCACCGCCGUGUACGCCUGCCGCAACGCUGUCCAUGAGACCUACUUCCAGCAGCUGGGCUCCCCUCUCCGCAAUUCAGGGGCCCCCAAUCCCCGUGACAACGCCUUCACCCUCCCCACCAAGGCCAAGCAGAAGCUGCUGAAGCACGGUGUGAACCUGCUGCUGUGAGCCAGCCAGCCAGCCGGUGGCCCUUCGGUACUUUUAGCACUGCGGCAGAUGCCUUGGGGGGGGGGGCAGCAGCCCUGUUGGUGCCUUUGUCCAAGAAACCGCAGCCGCCUCCUCCCCCCAGCCACAGGCCAGAAGGGCAAAGGGUGCUAGCCUUCCCUGCUGAGGGGAGGCGGGGCUGCUGCUUCCUGCCUUCAGGAGAGAGGGAGAGUCCAGACCCACCAGAGAAAACUCUUGGAGUCUGUGGACUGGCAGACAGUACAGCUCCUGGAGGUGGGACGCUUUCCAGCGCGCACUCACAAAGCCCCCUGCACAGUGCUGCAGUUCUGGGUUGUACCUCACUAGCCUCCUCUCUGAGUGGAGGGGGGGGGGGUUGUCCCUAACCCAGGAGAGGCUGCAUUCCUCGCUCUCCAAAGGUUUAACCGCUGGACACCUCUGCCACUGUUGGGCACCAGAUGACUUCUAUGUCCCGACUGCUGAUACCAAACGUUUGACACAGAACAUGCUCACGCACACACGCCCUUUCCCUGGGGGGAGGGAAUUGCAAAUGGGAGGGGAAAGGAAAUGUUUUGUAGGGGGCAGACUUUUUGUACCUGUGCAGGGAGGAGCACUAAUGUAAUAAAAGUUUCCAGUUCCA